GUUCUUUAUUUCGAUACUCUACGUUUUUUUAAAACAAUUUGUCAUAUACAUAAAUUAAAUUGAAAUACGAAAUUCUUAUAAAUAGUUCAAUUUUGCCAAAUGUAAUUCUUACAUUAUUUAUUUAAAUCUGAUUUCAGAUUAUGUAAACAUUUCCAUAACUAUUUACUAGUCACUAAUUAACAAUGCCUUUAAAUGAUUUAAUCAGUUAUGCCAUACGUGGUACUCAAUUAUUCUUCUCAAUCUUAGUAUUAGGUUUGGCUGCUGGUGUAUUAAGUGAUCUUGGUUUUAAUUUUGAUAGAGUUACCUAUACAUUAGUGGUAUCUCUCUUAACAUUAAUUUAUUUUGGUUAUAUAUUAGGUUGGUUACAUUUCAAAGGUGCAAAUACCGUUCUUACUUUACCAAUUUUAGUUUCUGAAACUUUAUUGACCAUAUUUUGGUUGGCUGCGUUUGGAACAAUAACUGAUGUAUUUGGUGCACUUAACUGCAAUUUUGGUUAUUAUUAUUAUUAUUAUGAUCAUCAUAAUAGUUCGCUGAACUUUUGCAAAUUAGGUAAGGCAUUGAUUCCCUUCACCUUGUUUAACUGGCUUUUAUUUACUGCUAGUUUAGUGUUAUUUAUUCUCUACACGUUUGUUCCCUUUUACAAGAUUCACGGAUCCAAACAUUGUUAUGAAACACCAGCUCAAUUGAAAUUGGGUGCCAUUUAUCCAGCCGUUACCCCAGUUGCAAAAUCUGCCAAUGAAGGUAGCACAGAAGCAGAAGCAGAAGCAGAAGCUGCAGCCGAAGAAGCUAAUGUUGGUAUUAAUACUUCAGAUGAAGAAGCAAUUAGAAGUGGAGAUGUUGAGGAUAAAUACGCUGGAAGUGAAAUAGAGCCAACUACCCCUGCUGCUGCCUCUGAUCCUGUUCCUAAUGCUGAUGCUCCUACAUCUGUUCCUAAAGAUCAAUCACUUAUCACCGCUACCAGAGACUGUUCGAGCCCCAAUAAUUAAGCUCAAAAGACUUCUUCACAGUGACUACAAUAUUAUUUUACUUUGUUUAGUCUUAUAUAUUUGUUUUUCUAUAUAAUUAAUUGUGUUUUCUUGUUACAAUAUUCAAUAUUUCUGAGUGGCAAUUUAUAUAAUUAAUAAUAUAUAUUUGUA